GGAGCGCGCCUGGCGAACGUUCCUGCUCUGCCUGGCCGGCCCGCGCGGGCACCAGCGCUCCCAGGAUGCAGUUUGUGUCCACACGGCCGCAGCCGCAGCAGCUGGGCAUCCAGGGCCUGGGGCUGGACGGCGGCGGCUGGAGCUGGGCGCAGGCGCUGCCCCAGGAGGUCUGCCACCAGGAGCCGGCGCUGCGCGGGGAGAUGGCCGAGGGGAUGCCGCCCAUGCAGGCUCAAGAGUGGGACAUGGACGCCCGGCGACCGAUGCCUUUCCAGUUCCCGCCCUUCCCAGAUAGGGCCCCCGUCUUCCCGGACCGCAUGAUGAGAGAGCCCCAGCUGCCCACGGCCGAGAUCUCCCUCUGGACCGUGGUGGCCGCCAUUCAGGCUGUGGAGAGGAAGGUGGAUGCCCAGGCCAGCCAGCUGCUCAAUCUGGAGGGGCGGACGGGCACGGCCGAGAAGAAGCUGGCCGACUGCGAGAAGACGGCCGUGGAGUUCGGGAACCACAUGGAGAGCAAGUGGGCCGUGCUGGGGACGCUGCUGCAGGAGUACGGGCUGCUGCAGCGCCGGCUGGAGAACAUGGAGAAUCUGCUGAGGAACAGGAACUUCUGGGUCCUGCGGCUGCCCCCCGGCAGCAAGGGGGAGGUCCCAAAGGUCCCGGUGACUUUCGUCGACAUAGCUGUUUACUUCUCGGAGGACGAGUGGAAGAACCUGGACGAGUGGCAGAAGGAGCUGUACAACAACCUCGUGAAGGAGAACUACAAGACGCUCGUGUCCCUGGAUGGGGACGGCCCCGUGCCCAAGCCAGAUGCUCCCGCCCAGGCGGAGCCCCGAGAAGAGCCCUGUGUGUGGGAGCAGCGUGAGCCAAAAGGGCGAGAGAUCCUGAUGGAUCCAGACGCAGGAGCUGAGCCCCUGGUGCCUGCGCAGGAGACGCCCUCUCAGGUGAAGCGCGAGGAUGCCCUAUGUGCCCGGGGUCAGCGGGGCCUGGAGGAACGGGCCAUCCCCACCGAGUCCAUCAGCGACUCGCCAGCCUCGGCCCAGGACCUCUUGUCCCGGAUCAAACAGGAGGAGCCCCCGUGUGUGUGGGAUCAGCAGGACUUGGCGGAGAGGGAUAUUCCAACGGACCCCAAUUCAGAGUCUCUGAUCUCGGCACACGACAUCUUAUCCUGGAUCAAGCAGGAGGAGCAGCCGUAUCCGUGGGGCCCACGGGACUCGAUGGAGGGAGAGCUCGGCUUGGACUCUGGCCCCAGUGACGGCCUGCUGCUGGUGAAGAACCCGGCCCCCGCCCCGCCGCCGCCGCCCCCCGCCCCGCCGGGGCUGCCCGCGCCCCCCUCCGCGGCGGCGGAGCCCGAGGGCGCGGGCCGGGGCGCGGGCGCGCUGCUGGACGACGGCUUCGCGGCGGCGCUGGCCGGGGAGCGGGGCGCGGGCGCGGACGGGGCUCCCCCGGGCGGAGGCGGCGGGGGCGCGGCGGGGGGCGCGGGCCCCGGGGGCGGCGGCGGCGGGGGCUGCGGGAGCUGCUGCCCGGGCGGCCUGCGGCGGAGCCUCCUCCUGCACGGGGCGCGCAGCAAGCCCUACGCGUGCCCCGAGUGCGGCAAGAGCUUCGGGGUGCGCAAGAGCCUCAUCAUCCACCACCGCAGCCACACCAAGGAGCGGCCCUACGAGUGCGCCGAGUGCGAGAAGAGCUUCAACUGCCACUCGGGGCUCAUCCGCCACCAGAUGACGCACCGCGGCGAGCGCCCCUACAAGUGCUCGGAGUGCGAGAAGACCUACAGCCGCAAGGAGCACCUGCAGAACCACCAGCGCCUGCACACGGGCGAGCGGCCCUUCCAGUGCGCGCUGUGCGGCAAGAGCUUCAUCCGCAAGCAGAACCUGCUCAAGCACCAGCGCAUCCACACGGGCGAGCGCCCCUACACCUGCGGCGAGUGCGGCAAGAGCUUCCGCUACAAGGAGUCGCUCAAGGACCACCUGCGCGUGCACGGCGGGGGCCUGGGCCCGGGCGCCCCAAGGCCGCUGCCGCCGCCCCCCGAGCGGGACUAG